AAAUGAGUAAGGAAUAAUAAAUAAAUAAGAAAUGGAUGAUAGUAAAAGUGAGAAGUAAUAUGCCCAUAAAAUGGUAAGUAAUAAUAAGUAAAUUAGAAUAUUGAUCAUAUAAAAGAUGAAAAUAUAUUUUGUUUAAUAUGCGAUGAACAAGAUUAUACAGAUUAAAAUUAGAUAGUAUUUUGUGAUGGAUGUGAUGUGACUGUUCAUUAAGAGUGUUAUCAUGUAGUAAAUUUAGGAGUAAAAUGGUAUUGUUAAAAAUGUUUGGCAAUAAAUGAAAAUAGUGAUUAAGAGAUUAAUUGUUAUUUUUGUCCAGAAAAAUAUUAGAUCUUAGAAAAUAUACAAAUAAAUGAAUAAUAAUAAUGGGUAUAAUAAUUAUAUAAUAAAAAAGGCACAUUCUAGUUGUUUAAGAUGGAAUCCAUUUUUAAUAUAAAAUAAAGAGAGUCAUAAUUUAUAUAAGUGUGAUGUGAAUAUUUAGACAGGCUUAAAAUGUAGAUAUUGUUUAAAGAGUGAUGGUUUUUAAUUAGAAUGUUAAUAUUAAGAAUGUUAAGAAGCAUUUCAUAUAGGUUGUUUAAAAGUAAAUGGAGGUAUAAUGAAUAAAGAAUCUAUGGAAUGUUUAUUUAAUUAUAUGAAACCAUAUUUGAAAAUUCAAGAUUAGAGAUUAUUAUCAUGUGUAGAACAUGUUGACUAAAUGUUGGAGAAAUUGAAUGAAAAUGAUAGAAAUGUAAUUGAAUAGAGUAAUUAGAGAUUUAUUGAUUUUAGAAUUUUUGUAAUUGAGACGUGAUAGAUUGAAUUAAUAUUAUAUAUACAAUAGAAAUAAUAGAUAAACAGAAGAUAAUAAGAAUGAUACAAAAUCAAGGAAGUAAUAAAGAAAUUAUGAAGAUAUUUUAUUUGAUGAAGUUGUUCAAUUAAAAUAAUUGAAAUAAGCAAAAAUACCAAUAAAAGAUAAGAAAGUUAAAUUGUAGUUUAAAGAGUAUAUGACAAGAAAAUUAAAUGAAUAAUUACAUAAAUUGAGAGAUGAAUUUAUGAAAAAAAAUCAUAAUGAUUUAAAUGCAGAUGAAGAUACUUAUAUUUAGAUAGAUACUCAAUUAAGUAAGAAGUUGUUUGAUAAAUUGGUGGAUAUCAAUAAUUUAGAAGAAUUUGAUAAAUAUUUAGUAAGUUAUUUUAUAUUUAAUAAUAUGAUAAGAAAACCUAAUAAUCCAGAAAUAUAUAUUAGAGAAGUAAUUAUUUAUAUAUAUAAAUGAUAAGGAUAAUAGUAGUUUGACAUAUUGGAAGAAAAUAUUAGAUGAAUUAGGAAUUAAAAAUGGAGAAUAAUUUUCAAAAUUCUUAAAUGCACUUAGAUUAAAGAAAAUGAAUAUAGUUAGUAGAAAUAAUGAGAAAUUAUAAUAUGAAUAGGAUUUAUAAUAGCAGUUUGAGAUCUAAAAUAAUGAAUUGAUUGAAUGA